AUGGAGACCCCCGAGGCACUUCGCCCGUUCUCAGUGGGUGUAGUGCUUUCUUCCAAUCUGCCAUACCCACUAUCAUCCGAGGAAACACGCCAAGAACACGGAACACGAGAAGUCAACACAGACUCAAUUGAACCUCGUAUGGUGUGGCAGUGGGCAUUGAUAGACUCACCGUUUUGUGCAACCGUCUGCUGGGAGGAGAAGAAGGAGAAGAAGGAGAAGAAGAAGAAGAAGAAGAAGAAGAAGAAGAAGAAGCAUUAG